UUUAACUUUAACUUGUUUGCAAAAAUAUAAAUGUAGUUAAUAUAUUAGAAAAUUUUGUGAAUUUAGUAAUAGAUUUAUCAUGCUAAUCUUGAUGCAGAGGGGCCAAAUGAAGACAAUCAUGGCAUUAUAGGGGAAGAUGCUUAGCUUCCACAUCUUCAUCCCCACACUGUGAUUGGACGAUUUUGAACAAUCCCUCAAGUGUUUGCUCACACUCUAAAGGAUGCAAUCUGUCCAUUUUAAGGUGAAGGUUCAGUGUUUUCUCAUGCAGGAACACUGCAGACACAGUGAAGAGUCGAUGGAUAUGUCACCUCGCAAGUUAACAGCCAUUUUUCACCGCAGUUGCCCGGCAAAGCUCUAACAGAACAAAGUAGGAAAUGACAUUAGUGGCAGCAAAGGUCCCACACAUCUCAGUUCAUAGACGCUAAAUCCAGAUGAGACUGGGAUCCUGUUGAAAGAGAGCUUUGUCCUUCUGCCUGAUCCGACCAGCCGACAUGGAGGGUUUUGACCUCAACGUCUCUGGGCUCUACAUCUCUCAGAGAUCUGCAAAUUUCAGUGAUGAUACAACCGCCUUCGAGAAAUGCAAAGACAUGCAAGGAGCUCUCAUCUGGUAUCUCAGCCUGCAGUUCACCAACAUGUUCCUGGGCAUCCCGGCCAACAUCACAGUGCUGUGGCUCAUCCACAAGAACAAGAGAGACACCUCCACCUCGGAUAUCUUCAUUGUUCACCUGGCAGUUCUAGACGUGCUGUUCUGUCUCAUCCCUCCGCUGGAGCUGGCCAGCUUAGUCUUCCUCACCACCAGCAGCCCCUGGUACAUCCUGCGCUUCUUCUACGGCCUCAAAGACUGCUCGCCUCUCUUCCUGUCUUGCAUCUGCCUGGACCGUUACAUCGCCGUGAUCCACCCCAUCUUCUUCACCAAGCUGAAGGACCGUCAGCACAGGCCGGUGCUGGGCGUCCUGAUUUGGCUCAUUAUUCUUGUCUACGCUUCAGUUAAAUGUGUAAAAAUUAAGAAUUUUGACCUGGUCUUCACAGUGAUAAUCCUCUCAACAUUUGUUUUCAUGGUGUUUUGCAACAUAGUGAUUCUCUGGGCCCUGAAGCAGUCCAGGGCCGGCCUGGACGCAAAGCAUCCGGUGAAGAAGAGAGCCUUCAACAUGGUUCUGAUAAUCCUGGCCAUCAUUGUCUUCAACUACUUCCCUCCUGCUGCACUGUUCCCCUUUAAAAAUUACUUCCCUGAAGACAUAUUUCGCUGCUAUAUACACUAUGUCUGUUUUGGCUUGAUGGACUUUAGCAGCACCAUUCAACCUAUGCUUUAUCUAUCCAAGGAAAAGUUCCCAUGGAGACUCAACUGCUGCAGAACCACAACCAACGAGACACAAACAAAUUCAGUCUCACGGGAGAUUUGGAGCAUAUCCCGGCGGACACAGACCGUCAGAGAGGGAUAAUUCUGAAGAAGCAGCGGAUUACAGAACACAACGAAGAACAGGGGAGGCAUGCAUUUCCAAUUUGCCUGCGCAAAAACACAAAACAGAACCCUUGUGCAACAGUAAACCACAGCGGGUGGACAAAACAUCAAAACAGUUCCCUGUACUUUGCAAAAAUAUUGAUUCAUCAAAUAUUUUCUUUUGUUGUGUACCAGGCACUCCUUUUAAUAUUUCAAAUUUAUCUUAAACAGUUAUUCUGUUUUAAGUCUUUCAAAGAAAAAUGAAAAAUCAGCCAAAGUCCAAAGAAGAACUUCCAAGAGGAAGUGUGGAGAGGCACAUAUGCAGAAAGUCUUCUUUAUGGAAGGAAUAGAAGAAGAAUAUUAUAGCCCUUUAACAAAUAUCAACAUUCUGUGAUCAAAAAUAUGUAACUAUUCACUGGUUUCCAUUGUUUCAUGAAGAACUCUAAAAAUUGUUUUUUUAUACGUCAGAUCAAAUACUUCUGAAAUAUUUAGACAAUCUCUGAUAUUAUUCUAUAUCUGCUUUUCAACAAAAACAUGUUAUAGGUCAAUACAUGUAAAAAUUUCCAUAAUGAAAAUUGCUAAUAUCAACGUUAACUCAGGAGGAUUUUGGGACGACAGCAUUCUUGUGGAACCUAUAAUCAAUUUUAUAUGAACAGAAGCACGACGAUGCUAAUUUCUGUCAGCAGAAAUGCAGUUAGCUUCAGAUCUGUCAUAAAGAAGGACAUGAGUAACAAUAACACGGCUCAAAGCAAACCCCCACUUAUAGUUCCUGUUUAGCCCUGCAGCGUAGCUCGCUCAUGCAAGACAUUAGAAAAGUAGAGGUGUUGCUGUUUUUAAAAUAUGUUGUUCAGUAUUUUAGGUAACACAAAAUGUGCUGUAAAGCACGAUUUUCUAACUUUUAUUAUGUGUUGAAUAAAUGUUACAUUUUUUGCACCUCUAAAUGAUUUUCUUUUGUUCUUAUUAUGUUAAGAAUAAGUUGUGGAGAGAUAUGCAUUUAAAAACUGUAUUGUUCUGCUUUUUGGAUGUAUUAUAUAAAUCCAAUUAAAAAGCCCUACAAUGCUUGCCUGUUUUCUGAGAGGUAACUGUGCAGCAGAGAUUGGCACAAAGCCAUUUUCUAGGUCUGGUUGUAAAAUGGAGCAGGUUUUUAUUGUAGGAGAUGUAGCUUCAAUCUCCUGUAAUGUUAUUGUUUUUGUCAGUGUAUUUAUUUUCUUGUUUGCUACUAAUCAAGAUCUUGAAUGUCCUCAUAGGGCCGGUUGAGGCAGAAUGUAUUGAUAAAACCCAUUAACAAACUGUUUCUGCUUUCGAUCUGAAAAUGAAUUAACAUUGAACAUUUUCCACAUUUAUGUAAUUUGGCAGAAUACAAAUAAAAACUGUCCCAUAUG